CGUUACAUAUCUCUCUUUCUUUACCUCCAUCAAUGGCUGCUUCUGUUGAAACUCCAUCACCUAAUCAUACUAACUACGAAGGAACAAGCUUGAACAUGGUUUCUGCAACUUCUUUUGAUUCUUCUCCAUCGAUUAUUAGUCCAUCUUCAGACAAGCGUCUCUGGAGCAAUCUACGUAACAGGGUUGAUGUUCUUCUCGAAGAAAAUAGCAAAUAUCACAAACCCAUUAUCGCCAAUACGAUUGCUGGAGAAACAGAGAGAUCAAAGAGAUUUAAGAAUGAUUCGAUGCUUUUGCUUAAAGGGUUUGAUUCGGUUUCUCAUACUCUGUCUCAGCUUUCUAGUAAUCUCGACAAUGCCCUUCAGGGAGUUAGAGAAUUAGCUAAACCACCUUCAUUAUCUGAGAUACUCCACUCGAAUCUUAAAGCUGAGCAGAUACAGCGACAACAGAAAGAAGAAGAGGAAGAAGAAGAGGAGAGUAAAGGGACGAAGAGGAAACACGAAUCUGAUGUUGAACAAAUAGAAGAUUCUUCGAAUGAGGAAGAGAAGAGACCAAAAGAGAGGAAAAUCAUGAACAAGGCUAAGAACAUUGCGAUAUCCAUGGCAGCGAAAGCGAAUUCGCUUGCAAGAGAGCUUAAAUCCAUAAAAUCCGACCUGAGUUUCAUCCAAGAACGUUGUGGAUUACUUGAAGAAGAGAACAAGAGACUCAGAGAUGGGUUUGUGAAAGGUGUUAGACCUGAAGAAGAUGAUUUGGUGAGGCUACAAUUGGAGGUGUUGCUUACGGAGAAAGCUAGAUUAGCGAAUGAGAACGCAAAUUUAGUAAGAGAAAAUCAGUGUCUUCACCAGAUGGUUGAGUACCAUCAGAUCACAUCUCAAGAUCUAUCUCCUUCAUAUGAACAAGUUGUUCAAGGUUUAUGCUUAGAUUUUUCAUCCCCUGUGCCUCAAUACGAUGAUGAUGAAGAAGAAGAGGAUGAAACUAGAGCUGGAGAUGUCUCCAAAGCCCUCAACGAAAGCUUUGAAAAAGCAGCAGAAGAAGAACAAUAUUGAUCAAGUCAUUGUUAAGAUUUUGUGUGUUUCGUAAAAAACAACCCUAGUAUUUUCAUAAUUGAUUUAGAUUUUGUGUUUUUGUUUCGAGUAGUUUCUUGGUCUCUAAGAUAUAAAGUUGUAACAUCCCA